AGUUACGGAGGUCCAUGGAUGGAGCCGGGAUGGUGGUGUCAGUGGAAGGGUUGAAGUGGCUCUCUGAGGACUAUGCUGUUUCUACAGAUUUCCCAAAUCAGAUUACUUGGACGUGACAAGUUUCUCAUUUUCUGACGGAACAACUUGAAUGUGGACACCUAAAGAGGACACAAUCCUGAUGGAAGACUUGGACAGUUCUGGAAAUGCAGAGAGAGAAAAUGUAACCAGCCUCAGUGGUUAUCUGAAACCUGGCCAGAACAAACCUUGCAGCAGGGACCUGAAUGCAAAACUGAAGAAGAGCGUGUCGUUUGAGGAGGAUGUCACCGUCUACCUGUUUGAUCAGGAGAAGCCCACCUUGAAGCUGCUCUCAGAUUCCUGCACAUCUCUGCAAAACAACUUCUCCUGCAACCAGCUCGCCGUCACAUCAGAAGACUCUGAUCUGCAGUGGGAUGAUGAUUUCUCAGUUCUGGAGAAAAGCUGCUGUUUCCAUUUUGGACGACUCUCUCACUCCCUCACCCUACCAACGCAGAGCUGGACCUCACCGUCCCGGCCACAACGCUCUUCUCUCUCCCAAACCUGCCUGUUCCUCACCCAUGUCACCGAGUCAGACCUUGAGCUGUGAGAUAAGGCAGCCUGUCGGGAUGCUUCGUGGCUGCGCUGCUCACUGAUUGGCUGAGCAGAGCGACGUGUACAUCAGUCAGUCCGCUGCAGGUAGAACACAUGUGGCAGUCCUCAGCCUGCAGGGUGACGCUCCGCUGUUCCUCUCCAGUCUGUCAUGACCGGACGCGUUUUUCUAUAAAAGUGUUCAGAAGGAGGACCACCUGGCUGUUUCACUUCUCUAGCGUCAGGAUAAGAGCGACACCAUCCUGGAGUUUUCUCACAAGGGUUGAAGCUGUGACGCGGCGGGAUGAAGUCCAAAGGGAAGGCUGUGAGAUCCAGGAGAACCUGGUCUGACCCGGAGCCAGAACAAGAACCCGACACGGAGCCGGGCUCCAGCGAGCAGGAGGGCUCCGAGGCCUCGGUACGGAUCGGAGGCUCCUGGAGAGGCUCCCUGAGGAGCGCAGACCACGGGAGGCGGCAGGGCGGAGUGGGCAGCGGCCGGCGGCGCAGGCAGCAGCGCGGCUCCGGCUCCAAAGAGCGCAGCGUCCGGCGCCUGGAGAGCAACGAGCGCGAGCGCCAGCGCAUGCACAAACUCAACAACGCAUUCCAGGCGCUGCGGGAGGCCAUCCCGCAUGUCAGGACGGACCGGAAGCUGUCCAAGAUCGAGACUCUGACUCUGGCUAAGAAUUACAUCAAAGCUCUGACCAGCAUCGUCCUGGACAUGUCGGGGACCUGCCUGCCAUCCGGAGGGGGCCCCUCCGGGGCCAGCGCUGCCAGGCUGCUGCAGUGCUACCAGCAGCACCUGGAGGAGGAGGGGGAGGACGACCUCACCCAGUACCUCACCCACAUGGAGAGCUUCAGCCAGGACAGCUAACACAGAGAAAGGAGACAGUGAGACAGGGUCCUGGAGGGGCCACCUCCUAAAGACAGCAGAUUUAAAGACUGCAGGGACACGAGUGGACCAAGGGCUUGUCUUUUUAGGUCCCAUGUGCUGAGCUGAGGAAGUUCAGAAUGUGUGUGUUUAGCUUGCUGGAGGAAGUCAUGUUGAUGGUCAUGCUGACACAGACUCAGGUGUGUUAUCUGCAAGACGUUUUGCUACUAAAUAUAAAAAAGAACAUAAACUAUUCGAAGAGUCGUCAAUAAAGACAUUUAUUUAUUGA